UCAUCUGGUGCAGUCAGACCUAAAUAAACAUAAUUUGGUAAAUUAUUAGCGAAAUAAAUUGAUUGAAAUUAGAUUUUCGCGAAAAUGGGAGAGAAAUUGUUCGUUCUCUACGAGGUUUGAUUCGUUUGGUGCUCACACGACACUCGCGAGCUAUCAAAGGCGCAGUGUCAACAUGUUCAAUACACACAGGGAAUACAAGAAGUGGACGAGAUCUCGCUGUGACACGCAGAAGAAUGAGAGCCGCGCGACUCGCACGCACGUGCGCGGGCCGGGCGACAUCGGCAGCAGCAGCGACGUGCCCUUCCAGCGCGUGUCCGUCACCGGCAUACACGUCACUGGGGUUCCCCUGGAAGACCUGAUACGAUCAGCAACGCUCCUGAUCGACGCACUCGGCAUGCGGCGUCAGUACAUGGAGACGUCGGGGCAGUCGUUCUCGCAGGCCGUGCGCCAGCUCAUGAUGAUGCAAGGCAUCCCGCAGCGCACGCAGCGGAACCGAAACCGAUUCUCGCUGGAGUUCGACCGAGCGCUGCAGCAUAUUGGGACUGAAGAAGCAGAACGAUAUUUGCAGCUGACAGCGUGCUCAUCCGAGGCACUGAGACAUCAUCAGCCGCCUCUUGUCAGCCCGCAGAGAUCCGACACGAACAUGCCAAUAAUGAGGCCGCACAUGAGCUUCAUCAGGCCGGCUGACACCAUAAGGACGUCGAUCGAGAGCCACGAUGAAAUGGGAACUCGUCUGUCACCAGGGAUGCACUACGACCCUUGGGAGUGCCCCAUGCCUCCCAACCGGCACUACACGUGCCGCUGGGUGGGCGGCGUGAUGCAGUUCUACCGCGACGAGGCCGACGCCGCCGCCGACAACCCGCUGCCCUACCAGUUCAUCUCCUUCAAGCAGUACGUGGAGGACCUAACCAGGCUGUCUGACAUGAUCAGCGAUGGGCCGCUCAAGUCGUUCUGCUACCGGCGGCUGAGCUACCUGUCGUCUAAGUUCAAGAUGCACGUGCUGCUCAACGAGCUGCACGAGCUGGCGCUGCAGAAGGCCGUGCCGCACAGGGACUUCUACAACAUCAGAAAAGUGGACACUCACAUCCACGCGGCUUCGUGCAUGAACCAGAAGCACUUACUGCGCUUCAUCAAGCGCACGCUGCGGCAGCAUGCUGGCGAGGUUGUGACGCUGCACCAGGGCACGCCCAUGACGCUCAAGGCCGUCUUCGAGGACAUGCAGCUGGAUGCCUACGACCUUAACGUCGACAUCCUCGAUGUUCAUGCGGAUCGAAACACGUUCCAUCGGUUUGACAAGUUCAACGCGAAGUACAACCCCGUUGGCGAAAGCAGGCUUCGGGAGGUGUUCCUGAAGACUGACAACUAUCUCAACGGAAAAUACUUCGCCAGAAUCAUCAAGGAAGUAAUAGCAGACCUUGAAGAGAACAAGUACUCGUACGUGGAACCCCGCAUAUCCAUAUACUGCAAGAAUCAAAACGAGUGGAGCAAGCUCGCAUCUUGGGCUCUGCAGAACGACGUGCAUUCGCAGCACGUUCGCUGGCUAGUUCAAGUUCCUAGGCUAUAUGACAUUUACAGGAUAAACAAGCUGUUGAAGAAUUUCCAAGAGUUCUUGAACAACCUCUUUGAACCUUUAUUCCAAGUUUCCCUCGACCCAAGCUCCAAUCCUGAACUUCACAAAUUCCUUACGCAAGUGAUCGGAUUCGACAGCGUGGACGACGAGUCGAAGCCGGAGAACCCGCACCUGAACGAAAACAUGAAGACUCCUGAGGACUGGAGUGAGGAGGAGAACCCUCCCUACGCGUACUACCUCUACUACAUGUACGCUAAUAUGGUCAUGCUCAACCAGCUGCGACAAGAGCAAGGUCUGAACACGUUCGUGUUGCGGCCUCACUGCGGCGAGGCGGGCCCGCCCAUCCACAUGUGCGCGGGGUUCCUGCUGGCAGAGAACAUCUCCCACGGGCUCAUGCUGAGAAAGGUGCCAGUGCUCCAGUACAUGUACUACUUAGCACAGAUCUUCAUCGCGAUGUCGCCAUUAAGCAACAACUCGCUAUUCCUGCGGUAUCACCGCAACCCGCUGCCGGAUUUCUUCGCCAGGGGGCUAAGAGUAACCCUGAGCACUGACGACCCGCUGCAGUUUCAUUACACAAAGGAGCCCCUGAUGGAGGAGUACAGCAUCGCGGCGCAGGCGUGGAAGCUGAGCUCGUGCGACAUGUGCGAGCUGGCCCGCAACUCGGUGCUCAUGUCCGGGUUCCCGCACGAGCUGAAGCAGUACUGGGUGGGCGCGGACUACAUGACGGACGGCACGGAGGGCAACGACAUCACGCGCACCAACGUGCCCGACAUCCGCAUCUCCUUCCGCCACGAGACGCUGCUCGACGAGCUCGGGAACCUCUUCCGCGUCAGCACGGACUAGACCAGUGUCUUACCCAGUGGUAAAGUUUAUUGUGCGAAAAUUAAAAGAAUGUGGUGAAUGUGUAUGUAUUUUCGUUUAUUUAAAUUUUUGUCUGAACAUUAUCAUGUUAAAUAAAGGUUUAUACAGUGAUUUGAUUA